CACAGUACAGAGCUGCCUCCAGUCCCAUCUGUCUAAUGUUUCACUCUGAUUUUGUUUUUUUCACCCCGGGCUACAAUAAAACUACUGCAGAGGGUCCCACCCAGAAAGGAACCUUCUGAGCUGCUGGGAAAGGCAAAACUAAGCUGGGGGGGAAAAAAAACACCUUUUUUCUGCAAAGUGGAAUUCACUCUCCAGCAAAGCCCUGAGAGAGCUGGCUGCCUCUGUAGAGCUGGCUCUUUACUGGGCAAGAAGAAACUCCACAGAUCUCUGGCGUGGAACAUAACCAAACCUCUCAUUACUGAUGGACGCUUGGAUUUAGGCAGCAACAGGAGCCUGGGAAGUUUGAAACCAGUGGAAACCGAACAGCUGCUUUUCAGAACUCACCCCCCGGGCAGGCCCAAGACACCAAUGAGAUAAGAGAGAUAAAAUAACAGGAAAUUCCGUUUGUUUGAGAAUAAAAGCUCUUUCAACACUUGCAUGACUUUCAAUAGGCGUUGACAUGUAAAGGCUCCAAAUGUUCUCUUGCGGCUGAAGUCAUCGGUUUACAAACAUCCGGGGCUUGUAUUUGUUGGAUGAGCCUUCCUGUAUGACCCAAUAAUUCAGAUACAGGGCAAAAAGCAAUGUUUCUGAACCUGGCAGACCUCUAAAACUCGGUCUUUGAUCAAAGCUUGGCAUGAAACGAUCUGCCAUUCUGCAUGUUGGCGCAUACACAGGGCCAAAGGCAAGCGUUUGGGAACAUCAGGUACAAUGAAGACCCCAUUUUUGCUUCUUACCUUUACGUUGGUUCUGGAUUCUGCUUACUCAGUUAGAAGGGACAGAAGACAGAGUGAUUUUUGGGACAACUGGAGCGACUGGGGAGAAUGCAGUCGUUCCUGUGGUGGGGGAGUAAGUUUCAGAGAGCGUCAAUGUUACUCUCGUAGGGCAGAUGGAGGAUCGAAUUGUAUUGGACCAACUAGAAACUAUCGCUCAUGUAAUGUGCAGGAAUGUCCUGAAGCCUCCCGAGAUUUUCGGGCAGAACAAUGUUCGGAGUAUGAUGGGAUGGAAUUCCAGGGGAAAAGGUACAAGUGGCUGCCUUAUUACGGAGCAUCCAAUAAAUGCGAGUUAAAUUGCAUACCCAAAGGAGAGAACUUUUACUACAGGCACAAAAUGGCUGUACUUGAUGGCACUCCAUGUGAUCCAGGCAGAAGAGACAUCUGUGUAGCGGGUGUAUGCAAAACGGUUGGCUGCGAUAAUAUAUUGGAUUCAUCCAAAAGAGAGGAUCGUUGUUUGGUAUGUGGAGGGGACGGUAGCUCCUGCUAUGAAGUCAAAGGAUCUUAUGACUCAAAUACAGUAUCCAAAGGGUACAGUCAGCUCUUCACUAUACCAAUUGGAGCCAUCAAUAUUCAAAUUAGGGAAGUUUCACCAACAAGGAACUUUUUAGCUGUAAAGAACGCACGUGGAGAUUAUUACCUGAACGGACAUUGGACUAUUGAAUACAGCCGCGCCCUGCCUGUGGCCAGCACUGUUCUCCAUUACUAUCGAAGCUCGGAGGGAGAUUUGGCACCUGAAGUAUUAACAGCCAGAGGACCCACUACUGAACCUUUACUUAUUGAGCUCAUUGGCCAAGAACCCAACAGAGGAGUUCACUACGAAUACUAUUUACCCAAUAGUCUUGAAGAGGAUGACUAUCGGUGGAGCUAUGGCUCGUGGACGGAGUGCAGUGCAGAGUGUGGUGGAGGUUACCAGUCUCGCUUGGUGUUCUGUACUAUAGAUAAUGAAGCAUAUCCAGAUUAUAUGUGCACAAAGAAACCUGCUCCAGCAAACAACAGAACCUGUAGCAUACAGCCGUGUCCACAGACAAAAAGGAUUUCUUACUUAUAUCAGCCAACCAUGUGGAAUCGUAUAGUGAACACAAAAAUGACCAGCUGGAAGGCUGGCGAGUGGGGGCCAUGCACUGCCACCUGUGGAGGAGGUACUCAGACGCGCUCAGUAUAUUGUGCUACAUAUGAAGGCAGAGCUUACCAGCAGGCGGCAACUGAUGCAGAGUGCAGUGCGUUCAUGGAAAAGCCACCGAGCCAGCAAGUUUGCAAUCUCCGGUCUUGCGCUAAAUGGAGCAUCGGGCCAUGGACACAGUGCUCGGCCGAGUGUGGAGAAGGAAUCCAGAAACGAACAGUAACUUGCAAAACAGACACUGGGGCUAUUGUUCAGGAUACUGCAUGCAUGCACCAAGUCAAACCACUUGAUAACCAGAUAUGUAAUGGCGAAAACUGUGUUCAAGAAAUUGGCUGGCAUAUCGGAGAAUGGGGUCUGUGCUCAAAAAGCUGUAACAAUGGUAUCCGAAAACGUCAGGUGGUCUGUGCUGACAGCAAUCGGAACAUCUUUGAUCCAGCAACAUGUGAAGCCUAUGAGCCUGAAAAGCCAGUUCAGAUUGAGCACUGUAACAUGCAGCCAUGCCACCUACAACAGCAGGUUUCAAGUAUGCAAGACACCUGGGGCUAUGAUAAUUCAGAUCAGUUUUCUCUUGCACGGUACAGGCAGCCCACCCUCUCCCCCCCUCUUCCUGCCCCUAAAGAAGAUAACUUUCUUCCCUCAAAUCGCAGAGACUGCAGGCGCAGCAGGUACGGCUGCUGCUCUGAUGGGGUAACAUCUGCUCAAGGCUUCAACAAUGAAGGGUGUCCAAGUGAAAGGAACACAAGAGCUGACCUUUCAAUGCCUUCAGGUGAAUGCAGAACCUCUACAUAUGGAUGCUGCUUUGAUAAUGUCAAUAAAGCCUCUGGUCCUCUUGGUGAAGGAUGUCAAAGUAAACCCAGUUAUGAUUAUCCAACAAUGUGUUUACUUCCAAGUGCUCUGGGGCCUUGCAGUGAUUGGACAACUCGCUGGUAUUUUGUGCCAGAUGUUGGAAAAUGCAACCGGUUCUGGUAUGGUGGAUGCCAAGGUAACAAAAACAAUUUUGAAAGUGAAGAGGAAUGUAUCAAGUCCUGCAAGACGAUUUCAGGAAGGACAACAGGUAUUCUAGAGUAUAGGUACCGCCAGCGAGGAAUGAAAUGGGACCGCUUGUCACACGAACACCCUGGGAUUGAUGAUGCAACAGCUUUUGAGACUGAACAAGGCUCUCGAGGGAUGGUUAAAACACUUGACCAAGACCCUGAAGGAAGACAGUGGGAUGAGCACAAUGUGGGGCAUGAAGAAUCUCAGCCCUUGACAGAACAAAAUGCAUAUGGGCAAAUUGCAAAAGAAGAUACUUCACGUCACUCUUCAGUUUACCGAAUUAUUUUGGACAAGGCCGAAUCCUCCUCCACAGAGGCAUCAGUUGGAGAAACGAUCCGUCUACUUUGCAGAGUCAGUGAUUAUCCUUUCCCCAAAGUGGAAUGGCAGAAAAAUGGAAGUCCUGUAUACUCCACCAGGCACACGUACCAAUCAGACAAUUCUUUAGUGAUCAGCAAUGUCGGUGUUGAAGAUGCUGGUACUUACAUAUGUAUGGUUUCAAAUGGAAAUCGCAGAGAGACACAUAGAGUGCAGCUUCAAGUGGGAGGUGUGAAGACAAGUGAACAUCACAGAACACAUGGCAGUGGUCACAGACUUGGCUUUCAUGAAGAUAUGAGAACAGACUCUCUUCCUGCUCAGACAUCAAGAGAGCGCUCACAGAGCAGUCAUAAUAUACACUCGGGGAGGAGAGAUUCUAAAAAGCCGAUUUUAACGGGACCUGUGGAGGCAGAAGCAAAUCUCGGCCAUCGAACAAGGCUUUCCUGUUAUCUUGAAAUAUCUCCCAGCACUACAGUUGAAUGGCAAAAAGAUGGGAUGCCAUUGCCUUCCCCUAGAUACAGAAAGCAUGCAGAUGGUUCUCUUGUCAUAAGUCGUGUUAGCUCAGAAGAUGAGGGACUCUACACAUGUGCGACAACAAAUGGAUCCCGGAGGGAAUUCAAACAAAUACAACUUAAAGUCAAAGGUGAAUUGAAGAUCACUGAACCUCCCAGUAGUGUUUCGGUGGCUGAAGGGGAUGACGCUUCACUACGCUGUGUGGUGAUAGGUGACAAUGUCAACGUUAAGUGGUCAAGAAAUGGUGUUCCAGUGCAAUCAGAUGGCCGCCAUACCUAUGUAUCACACGAUGGCAGCCUGGUUAUAAGGAACACCAAAACAGCAGAUGAGGGAGCCUACACAUGUAAUGCAUACAGUGGCACCCACUCCAUCAGCGCUAGCGCAGAAGUCAGAGUAAGCAAGCAAAAAGCAGCAGAUCCUAAUAAUGAAUGCAUUGACCACCCUGAACUGGCCAACUGUGACCUCAUUGUUUAUGCCCAGCUUUGUGCCAAUGAGUACUACGGCAGCUUCUGCUGUGCCAGCUGCUCUAGACACCGCUCAGAACACAGCCAAAGACACCAGGGCUAAAAGACCUUUCUGAAACACAUCCGAGCUAAAACGGCAAACAAUUUGGAGCAACCUUCUUAGCCUCAAUGCCCUUGGAUGUGUGAAUUACAAUGGGAUAUAAAAUAAUCCUGGAGGUUGCUCUAAAGAAGCAUCACUUAAAAGACACAUAACCCCAAAAUCUGCUGUCAUGUUAUAUAUCCCUCCUACAAGAAUGAAACUUUUUAAACUAUUGAGAUUUAUAUAUAUACACAAUGUGUCUGAUUGUCUUAUAAGAUACAGCAUGUAAAAAUGUGUUAGUUCAUAAAUCGCUGUGGUUAAGCUGAGUUGUAACACCUUAUGGGACGGUGAGUUUUGGGACAUGAUUCUUUGUGUAGUAUAUUGGGACACUUUGUAAAAUAGAUAUAGAAACUAUGCAAUCUCUGAACUAAUAAGAACUUUUCAUUAGUGACAGGGAGUAUGGUACAAUAAGACUAGAUGAAGACUUGCGUCAUACGAUGCCUAGCAAACGUCUGCUGUGUGAACAACAGAAGUCAGUAGAAAGUUACACCACCAUUGGCUGCGUGCCUCACAACAUUCAUACGGCUCUGUUCACAUUGGUGUUAGUAUGUUGAACUAUUUUCCUUGAUGGAAUCCUGACUUAUUCCAUUAGAAGUCAAUGGGAUCUGUGUCUGUUAGUAUAGUACCCACAUCCAAAACAUCCCCCGGCAGCGAUAUAGCGCACCCAUCUGUGCCAGUGAUGUCACCAGGCUCACUGCUAGGCGGAAGUCUCUGCCUAGCAUAGUGAUGUGAAGCCCGGGACAUCACCGGCAGUGAACAGACCUUGUGCUGCACGGGGGACCAUCAGAGCAAGGAAAUGUUUAGAUGCUCCACUCAUAUGUAAUCAGGGAAUAAAGAAAAGCUUAUAUCCAGGUUCAGCCCUGAAACCGGAGAACCCAUUUAAUUAUCCUCAAUCCACAGGAUAACUAACUGAUUUGUAGGGGUCUUACCACUGGGACACCCGAUUAUAAAAAAAAAAUGGGGGCCCCAUUUUCUGGUUCUCACGGAGCGACAGGUCAUGUUCCUGCCGCUCCAUUCAUUAUGGGACUGUUGGAGAUGGAGUACAGUGCACAUCUCUUGGCGGUCCGAAAGAGGAUAGAGAAGCAGGAGGAUGCUUGACCUGCUGGUCCAUCAGGACAGGGGAACGGGACCCACAUUCUUGGAAUCAGUGGGGGUCCCUGUGGUCAGAUCACCACCAAUCAUUUACUUAUCUCCUAUUCUGUGGACAGGGCCUUUUCAAACCCUUUAAAGGUCUAAUUCAGACAAGUCUUUUCUGUCCUUGUCUAGAAAUGUGCAUGCUGCAAGAUGCUCUACAGUUUUCUGUCCAGGACUCAUUCAAGUGAAUG